CUCGUAGACGGAGGAGUCGUGGUUCUUCGUGCCAAGAUGACUUCCAGGCUUCUCCAGGGUCAGACCUUUCACCCCCAAAGGAAAACCAGGGAGGAUUUUCAGAUUCCUGGGUCGCCUGAUCUUUCCCCUCCACAUAAACGUUCAACUGAAACCAAUGCUUCACGUGCAUCUUUUCUUCAGGAUCUUUCUCCACUGAGAAAAAGCCGAAAGGAAGCUGCUGUGAAUGAGCAACGAAAAACAGGUCUGCUUACUGGCAAAGAGAUCAGUGAAGAGAUUGCUAGAACUAAGAAGACUGAUUGGUUAAGGUUUAAAGAGAUGGAUCCUUCUAUAAGUGGUCUAGGUGCGGAACAUGUAUAUCGUGAUAAGCUAAAAGGAGAAUGCAUAUCGAAGGAAGACUUUUUGAAGUCAAGGCAGAAAGUAAAUGUAGAAGAGAAGCCUAAGGAGAAGAAGUUGGAAUGGGGGAAGGACUUGGCUCAUAAGCGGGAAGCUGAAGCUAAGCUGCAGGAAUUGGAACUUGAGAAGGAAAAACCAUUUGCACGAACCAGGGAUGAUCCAGAACUAGACAACAUGCUGAAGGAGAGAUUAAGAUGGGGUGAUCCCAUGGCGCAUUUGGUGAAGGAUUUGAGAAGGGAUUGUUUAAAAGGACGAACAAGAGACGACGAGCUACAGAAACAGAAGCAAACCUGUGGUCUGUCUGACAUGUGACUUGAGUCUUGACAGCGUACGGACUGUGUAAGAAGAUUCCAAUGGGCUUUCUAGGUGUUUUCGGAAAGGCAACGAGGCGCCCGACUUAAAGCAACUUCAAAAGAGUUAAUUGGUUGUGGUGGUGAGUGGUUGGGAGUCCUGAAUUGCUAAACAGCAUUAUGUUUGCAUUGCCAGUGAGUUUCUGUGGUUUUAGCCCAGGUAAUUUUUGUUGCCUGCUCUGUGGAUUACCACAAUUUUAUAAAGCAUGCAGGCUCGAAGGUUUUAUGCUUUUGAGUGAGAUGGCCUCUCUUAUUGUGGGUGGUCUGUUGCCAAGCAAGCAUAUAUGGUUGGCUUUGACAGCUGUGACCGCCUCCCUUAUAGCUUUUCCUUCCAUGGCAUGUGAUCUAAUGAUGUUUUAGAAUGUAAAAUGGUUGAAAACUGGAAGAUGGUCACUUGACUGCUGCUAAUUUGUUGCUGCUUGGAGUAAUAGUGACUGAUGAUUAGGAAUUGCAAUAUAGCAGUUAUACAAUAUGGGAAAUUCUGCAUGAAGUCUGAUUAUAUGAUAAGUUCAACGAUUCCGUUGGGCCCAAA